AUGGAUUCUGAGUGGCAACAUCGAUGCAAAGCCUACCGCUUUGUGGCCUACUCGGCUGUCGCCUUCUCGGUGGUCGCCAUCCUUGGUGCUGCCACCACCCUCCCCAUGGUGUACAAUUAUGUACACCAUGUACGCCGUACGAUGCACUCUGAGCUCAACUACUGCCGGACGUCGGCCCGUGAUAUCUGGUCCGAGGUUAACACCAUGAAGACCACUGGCAAUCGUACCGCCCGUCAGGCUGGAUACGAUUCUGGCGAUAGUGGUGUGAUAGGAGGUGGCAACACUGGAAACACCGGCGGCGGAAACGACUGUACCGCUUGCUGCUCCGGUGGAGGUGCCGGACCAGCUGGACAGCCAGGAAACCCUGGACGACCAGGAAACCCCGGAGCUCCUGGAGCCCCAGGAAACCCAGGAAGACAAACUACUCAACCAUGCCCCGUGUACACACCUGCUCCAUGCAACCCUUGCCCAGCUGGACCACCUGGACCACCAGGAGCCCCUGGACAGCCCGGAGAUCCUGGACGCGACGGAAACCCAGGAGGACCCGGAAACCCAGGAGGACCAGGAACACCCGGACCAAAGGGACCACCAGGACCCAGCGGAAACCCAGGAAGCCCAGGAGCUCCAGGACAGCCUGGACAGCCCGCCAAUUCCAUUCCAGCCACCCCCGGAGCCCCUGGACCUGCUGGACCUCCCGGACCUGCAGGACCACCUGGACCCAACGGACAGCCCGGAAAUCCAGGAGCACCAGGAAACCCUGGACCCAAGGGACCACCUGGAAGCGAUGGUCAGCCUGGAAACGACGGAAACCCAGGAACCCCAGGAAACAGAGGUACCCCAGGAACCCCUGGAGAACGUGGAAUCUGUCCCAAAUAUUGCGCUCUCGACGGAGGUGUCUUCUUCGAGGACGGAACUCGCCGCUAA